AUGGCUUCUCGACCACGACGCGUCGCCCAGAGGCGCGCUAUUGUCGAGUCCGACGACGAGGAUGAAAUCUCCAUGGCAUCCAACACCAGUCGCCAAAUCAAGGAAGAGUCACCAUUUGAAGAAGAAAAGCCGGCCGUCAAGCGAAGUAGGACUAAGCGCGGAUCGGUGCCGCCUGCGGCUGCUUCUGCUCAACCACCCGCUGCCGUUCGAGUUCGUGGACGCCUAAAGAAAGCUCCCACUCCGGCUGCGUCUGAGACGGCUGAUAGCAACGACAUACUUGGAGAAGAUGAGAUUUCUCAGGCGGACGUCACAUCGACUUCGACGAGGAUCCGUGGCCGACCUAGGAAGAUUCCGGCUGCAGCCUCUGUUGAGUCCAGUCGGCUUGGUUCAGUGGACGUAUCUCACCUAGACACCACCCUUUCUACAGGCCGUGUGACGCCGGCAAAGCGGAGGAGCAUGGCAUCACGAAGCUCCAUGUCCAGCAACGCAUCAGUCGACGAUCCUCCGACCCCAAGACCUAGGAAUAAGAAAAGGUCGACGAUCGUGCCAGAUGAUCAACCAUCAGGAGGAGAAGAACGGGCUACACCAAAACCGCGAGCUGCCCCGAGAUCAAGAGCCAGCACAAAAUUCCGAAGCACACCGGCGCCGCAGGAGACGCCAGCCGCGACUCCCUUACCGCCGACAUCGCUUGAUACACCAGCAACGCAGCUUCGACAGUCCCCUCCGCCAGCAGCGCAGAGGCAAGAUUCGCCUUUGGCAGACACUGCACCGCAGUUGCGAGAGUCCACUCCUACCGCACCUCAGAAGCAGGAUUCGCCUUUGGCAGACAUUACAUCAAAUAUCAAUGCGGCCAAUCUGCUACCGCCGCCAUCAGCUGUCAAGCCCAACAAGCCGUCAGAGUCCCCCACGAAGUCGUCGAUGGAACCCAUUAUGGACAAGCCGUUGGAUAUCGUCCUCAAGUCGCGAACAAUGACGAUUCCCGUUGUUGAGGACACAACACCAAAGCCUCGCAUUGUCAUCACGCAUUUGAUUCUCAACAAUUUCAAGAGUUAUGCUGGCCGGCAGGAUGUAGGACCAUUUCACGCGUCGUUCUCAUCGGUCGUUGGGCCUAACGGCUCUGGAAAAUCCAACGUCAUCGACUCACUCCUUUUCGUGUUUGGUUUCCGAGCUAGCAAGAUGCGACAAGGCAAGAUUUCGGCUUUGAUUCAUAACUCUGCGCAGUAUCCCAACCUCGAGUUCUGUGAGGUUGCUGUUCACUUCCAAGAGGUUCUAGACCAGCCUGGCGGUGGCCACGUUGUUAUCCCAGACUCAGAGCUCAUCAUCUCCCGCAAGGCCUUCCGCAACAACUCUAGCAAAUACUUCAUCAACAACAAAGCGUCAGACUUUACAACCGUCACUACACUGCUGCGAGAUCGUGGUGUAGACCUUGACCACAAGCGUUUUCUAAUCCUCCAGGGAGAAGUUGAGUCGAUUGCUCAGAUGAAACCUAAAGCUGCAAACGAGCAUGAAGACGGAUUGCUAGAAUAUCUUGAAGACAUUAUCGGAACCUCCAAAUAUAAAACACCGAUAGAAGAGUCCGCCGCUGAGGUUGAAACACUCAACGAGGUUUGCGUAGAAAAAAAUUCCCGUGUUCAGCAUGUCGAGAAAGAGAAGAACAGUCUGGAAGAGAAGAAAGACAAGGCACUUGCAUUUAUCCGAGAUGAGAAUGAGCUCGCUAUGAAGCAGUCCGCUUUGUAUCAACUCUAUAUCCACGAAUGCAACGACAACAUGGCGGUCACGGAGGAGGCGAUCAAUCAGAUGCAGGCCGAGCUUGAUGUUGAACUGGAGAAACACGAAGGGAGCCAACAGCUUAUCAAGGAACUCGAAGGCAAAUACGAAAUGGGCAAGAGGGAGUUUGAGAUUCAAGAGAAGCAAACUCAGGUCUUGUCAAAAGAAUUGGCAAAAUUCGAGCAAGAACGUGUCAAGUUUGACGAGAAAAAGAAAUUCUUGGAAGACAAGAGAAAGAAGCUCGAGAAAACCAUUCGAAACGCCGAAAGGAAUGCGGCCGAAGCUGAUGAGACAAUUGAGCAAUGCGGCGCCGAUAUCGAAACUCGAUCACAAGAGAUUACGGCGAUGGAGACGAUGGCAAAGGAAGAGGAAGCCGAACUUACCAACAUUCGAGAGAGCAUGAAGGGAAAGACAAAAGUCUUUUCGGACCAAAUUGCAGUCAAACAAAAGUCUCUCGAGCCGUGGAUUGAGAAGAUCAAUCAGAAGCAAUCUUCCAUUGCUGUUGCUGAAAGCGAGAUGAACAUUCUCAAAGAAAAAGCAAAUGCUGGUGCCGUUGCCCUGCAGGAGCUCGAGGCCAAGAUAUCGUCCAUCGAAGAAGGCAAGGUCGCCAAGCAGAAAGAGCUCAAGGCCUGCCAGACUGAAAAGGCAAAAUUGACAAAGGAGGCCGAGAAGAUGAAGUCUGAACUUGAUAUUCUCGCAGAACAAGAGCCAAAGAUAAGGGCUAAGAUCUCCAGCGCGCGCCAAAAGGCAGACGAGGCUCGCUCAAGUUUGGCCAAUACCCAGACAAGGGGCAACGUCUUAUCUGCCCUAAUGAGGAUGAAAGAAUCAGGUCGUAUUGAUGGAUUCCACGGUCGUCUGGGCAAUCUCGGUACCAUUGACAAGAAAUACGAUGUUGCCGUUUCCACCGCGUGUCCUUCACUGGAUAACUUUGUCACUGAAACAGUCGAGGCCGGCCAGCAGUGCAUCGAGCACCUACGCAAGAAUAAGCUCGGCCGUGGCAACUUUAUCUGUCUAGACAAACUGCGCCAGCGAGACUUAUCACCGAUUCAAACACCGGAAAAUGCACCGCGAUUGUUUGAUCUCAUCACAGCGAAGGCAGACAAAUUCCUACCGGCUUUCUAUCACGCUAUGCAAGAUACGCUCGUUGCCAAUGAUCUCGCGCAGGCAAAUCGCAUCGCUUAUGGUGCCAGGAGAUGGCGAGUUGUGACGCUGGAUGGUGAAUUAAUUGACAAGUCCGGUACGAUGUCUGGAGGUGGCACAACUGAGCAAGUCGCCAAGCUCGAAGAGGAUCGUGACCAAUGGGAAGCCAAGUUUCAAGAGUUCCAAGAGUAUCAGCGAGAGUGCGAGAAUACACUGAAAGAGAUCAACCGCAAGAUCCCACAGUUGGACACCAAAAUGCAAAAGCUUGGGUUAGAAAUGGAGAGCGCCACGCGAAACUUGGCUGAUAUUGAGCGACGCAUCAAGGAAGUCGGCAAGGAGUACCAACCAUCUACCGAAGACACCAAGCGUAUUUCAACACUGCAAAAGGAAGUAGCCAAGCUUAACGCGGAAGUGGACAAGCUCCGUGGCGAGACAUCCAGCCUCGAAGAAGAAAUCAAAGCUCUUCAGAACAAGAUCAUGGAGCUCGGUGGAGAGAGAUUGCGAGCUCAACGAGCCAAGGUCGAUUCUAUCAAGGAAGAGAUUGCGUCUCACCACGAGGAAGUGUCCAAGGCUGAAGUUCAGAAAGCCAAGGCUGAGAAGCAAAAGAUCAAGCUUGAAAAGGACUACGCAAAAGCAACUAAAGAGCGAGAUGCGGCAGUGCAUGACCUCCAACAGCUCCAGGACGGCCUUGACAAUCAAGGAGAGAAGGCUGAAGAGCUGAAAGCUCGCGUCGAAGAAGCCGAGGAAGGCCUGGCGUCGAAGAAGAAAGAUCUGAAAAAGCUCAAGGGGGAGUUAGACGAGAAGAUUGCGGAGCUAAACGAGAGCCGUGCAGUGGAGAUUGAGAUGCGGAACAAGCUUGAGGAGAACCACAAGGUGCUGACUGAUAACCAAAAACGACUUCGAUACUGGGAGGACAAGCUAUCCAAGCUUACACUUCAGGAUAUCGAUGAUCUCAUCGGCGGCUCGGGUUCCAGAGUCAUCAAGACUGAAGAAGCAGAGGCGCCUGAGAUGCCUGAUGCUCCGGCAAAUGGCGAUGAGGAUGGCGAUGUUGAGAUGACUGACGAUGAUGUUGAAAUGUCCGAUGUUGAAAUCGACGACGCCGCCUCUGACAAAACUGAACAUGCCCCAAGCGCGCCCGCUCGCCAACCUGGCCAACUCCCAAGGUAUACACCGGACGAAUUGGCCGGUAUGAGCAAGGAGACUCUGAAGGGCGAAAUCGCGGCCCUGGAGGAGAAGACGCAGAAUGUCAAUGUCGACCUUGGCGUAUUGGCUGAAUACCGUCGUCGUGUAGAAGAGCAUGUAUCUCGUGCAUCUGAUUUGCAGACGGCAAUUGAGCAGCGCGAUGCCGCCAAGAAGAGGUGUGACGAUUUGCGUCGCUUGCGACUUGAAGGGUUCAUGGAGGGCUUCAGCGCCAUUUCCUUACGUCUCAAGGAAAUGUACCAAAUGAUCACCAUGGGAGGUAACGCAGAACUCGAGCUGGUCGACAGCUUGGAUCCGUUCAGCGAAGGAAUCCUCUUCAGUGUGAUGCCGCCAAAGAAGAGUUGGAAGAAUAUCGGCAACCUUUCGGGUGGCGAGAAGACCCUCAGUAGUCUUGCAUUGGUGUUUGCUUUGCAUCACUACAAACCGACGCCGCUAUAUGUCAUGGACGAGAUUGAUGCUGCUUUGGACUUCCGAAACGUCUCGAUCGUGGCGAACUACAUCAAGGAGCGCACAAAGAACGCACAGUUCAUCGUUAUCUCGCUACGAAACAACAUGUUUGAGCUUGCAGCGCGACUCGUCGGCGUGUACAAGGUCAACCAUAUGACAAAGAGCGUAACAAUAGAGAACAAAGACUUCAUCGACAGGCCUCUGACGCUGCAGCAACAGCAGAGGACACUUGGCGGGAACACAGCCACGGUGACGAUAAGGUAG